AUGAAAGGCCGGGAUAUACAGGAUGAUAUGAGGCCGCCCUUAGAAAUGGUGGAACGCCUGAGAGGUCUAGGAGAAGAGAUAAAAGACUUUCAUGUUGCAGCACUAUUACUGAGUGCUUUACCUGGAAGUUAUGAAACACUUGUUGCAGCACUCGAUGCACGUCCAGAUGAUGAACUGACAUUAGAAUAUGUUCAAGGCGAGCUUGCGGAUGAAUACAAGCGUCAAACAGAAAGGAUCGGUGGUGACAGUGCUUCCAGUGCGGAGUCUGCACUAAAGAUGGAAAACAUAAAUAAAACCAGGAAGAUGCAACCAGAAACACGGAAUGUUUUGUGUUACGUGGCAUUUGCCUCGCUCUUCUUCAUUCUGGUCUCCAUCACCACCUUCUGCCUGGAGACUCAUGAGCGGUUUAACCCCAUCAAGAACAAAACUGAGAUUGAAACAAUAGGAAAUGAGACCCACGAACGUCACUACAGGGAAUCGGAGACAGAAGCCUUCCUGACCUACAUCGAAGGGGUCUGCGUGGUCUGGUUUACAUUUGAGUUUCUCAUGAGGAUUACUUUCUGCCCAAACAAGGUGGAAUUUAUCAAAAAUACUUUAAACAUCAUUGACUUUGUUGCCAUUCUGCCUUUCUAUCUGGAGGUUGGACUUAGUGGCCUGUCUUCCAAAGCUGCUAAGGAUGUCUUGGGCUUCUUAAGAGUUGUUCGAUUUGUGCGAAUUCUUCGAAUUUUCAAGCUGACGAGGCAUUUUGUAGGCUUGAGGGUCCUAGGACAUACCCUCCGUGCUAGCACAAAUGAGUUCUUGCUGCUUAUCAUAUUUCUGGCAUUGGGAGUUUUAAUCUUUGCUACAAUGAUCUAUUAUGCUGAGAGAAUAGGUGCUAAUCCUAAUGAUCCUAGUGCCAGUGAACACACACACUUCAAAAAUAUUCCCAUUGGCUUUUGGUGGGCUGUCGUCACCAUGACCACCCUUGGCUACGGAGACAUGUAUCCUCAGACGUGGUCAGGCAUGCUUGUGGGAGCCCUAUGUGCUCUUGCUGGUGUGCUGACUAUUGCAAUGCCUGUACCUGUCAUUGUGAACAAUUUUGGAAUGUAUUAUUCCUUAGCUAUGGCUAAGCAGAAGCUACCAAAGAAAAAAAAGAAGCAUAUACCACGUCCACCCCAACUGGGAUCCCCAAAUUAUUGUAAAUCAGUUGUAAACUCGCCACAUCACAGUACGCAGAGCGAAACUUGCCCGCUCGCACAAGAGGAAAUUUUAGAAAUGAACAGAGCAGAUUCCAAACUGAAUGGAGAGGUGGCCAAGGCUGCAUUGGCAAACGAAGACUGUCCCCACAUAGACCAGACAAUAACGCCCGAUGAGGGUCUGUCCUUCACCCAGUCUAGCACUCGGGAGAAAGGCGGACCCUACUUUCUCCUUUCACCUGAGGAAUAUCCGAGCCGGCCCGAUGGAGGAGUAAGAAAGGUUUGGCUCCGCUGGAUAUUGUUGCCAAGUGAUACGACUCUCAGCAUGUAACACUGCAUGGGAAUUUCGCUGAAAUGGCUACACUGUUGACUUCAUUCUUAGUCCAUUCAACUUUUUGAUCCACUGCUGUACUUUGCAUUCCAUCUUCCUAAUGAAGUUUCUAAAAAAAAAGUCAUACCUAUAAUAACUGGGAAUGUAAUAGAGCGUCCUCCGGUGUCUGCAUCCUGCACCUCGCCUUCUCUCUUCUUCUCUAUCCCAUCCAUUUGUAGCAUGGAUCAGUAUCAGAGAAUGGUCUAAAAACAUUUUUAAUCAUUCUUAACUUCAUAUGCUCCAGUAUGUUACAGUAGCAUCUUUUCGGGCAUGGUGCUACUGCUAACCACUAACAUAGUUGAAAAUAGUGAAAAAUGACCAGAUGUGCGCAUUACAUUUUCCAGGUGGGCCAUAUGCUGCAUGAUCUCAGUAUAUAGGAAAAAGGGGCAAUGCACCAAACACAAUAGUGUCUUGCUAGUAUGAUGCAUUUCUGUUGGCUAACAUUGGAUUUUACUGGCUGCUGACAUAUUGGAGACAAUUGAAGAAGCGUUAUUUCUCAGGAUAUUCUUUGAGCCAUAGGAACCCUGCGAGAGUCUGCCCAAGCACAGUAGGAUGAAUUGAUGCAUGAGCACCUGUUAAAGUAGAAAGCAAUAUUAAGGUGCAAUGAGUUUCUGCUGACUGCAUGGACAUAUUAACUUGGCUCCAUUGGAGAAGAUAUGGCUGCCUCUGCAUGUGGCUCACCUUUAUUUCUUCUCUCUUUAUCAAUUCUCAUCAAGCUUGAGUUAAAAGAAGCUGGAAGAGUUUUAAGUAUUGAUUGUAUUCUUUACAGGCAUGUUUUUGCAAAGAGCAUCUUGUCAUUGCUAAAUAUGCAAACAGAGGCAGCCAUGGUGCCCUGAGAGGAAGUGCUGGAGACGUUACACUCACCCGGACCCAACCUCGCAUAAGGACAAACAUAUCUACGCCGAGCAGGUUAUUACAGGACUCUUCCUCGAGGUGUCGGGUGAUGUUAACUGAGAUUGAUGCAAGCUUUUUCUACGGCUAAAAUGUAAAACUGUAGAGGAAUCUCUUAUUUAUUUAGCAUGAAUUGCAUGAUGUAAAAAAAAGCUAAAUUAAGAAAAAUAGAAUUGCAAAAUUCUGUUGACAAAUCAAAAAAUACAUCUAUUUUCUUUUAAAGCUCUUUACUUUUACAUACAUUAUGUAGCAAAAUGUAAACAUUUUAAACUGUAAAAUGAAUUGCUCUGGGUUGCUUUUUUGUACAUGGACUAAAGCUUGCACUCCAACUGGCACUGGUCACAUUGACCAGGUCUACAUAUGUACAUCAUGAAUCACAAGACAAGGACCCAUAGCUUGCUGUUUCCAUUGGCAUGCUCGUGAACAAGGAACCAGCAUCUGACUUGACAACACCUGGCUUCUACUGACUGUCCAUCUGAGGUUCUAUUGUACUUAUCAAUGUAUAGAGCAACAUGAAUAUCCCUCAAAAGAUUGUUCUUAUUAAAUAAUCUAUAUGGAUAUAAAAAGAACAAAA